UCCGGUCUGAAGACCCAGGUCCAGGGAUCAGACAAACAUCAGGGUCGUGAGCUGAAGUCAGGACCGAAGAACUCUCCUGGAUCAGAAUCUUCAAGAACCCUUCGAUGUAACCACGUUGUUGGAGGCACAUCAUCUGCGGAUCGACAGCACCCUCAAGCGGAAGGAGUGAGGAAGGCACGAAACCACAAAAUGAAAAGAGAACAGAACAGAACGUGUUCACUGUACAGUCUGGACCCCAACGAACACCUAAUGUUGCACCACAGACGGAGGCCACUACAUUAGACCAGUGACACAACACCGAGCAGCCACUCCACAAAGUGACGUCAUGAUCCUAAAAUUUUAAAAAACGUGUGUUUUUGUUCAACCUUCGAACUUUUGUUCCUUCAACUAAAGUCGACGCCGUGUCUUCAAACCCGAGCCCUGAACAACAACACGGAGUACUGGCGUUUCCAUCGACCAAUCAGAAGGAGCCUCUUAUAUAUUCAUCUGCCUCUUUUUAAAACUCCACCAAUCACGAGCCAGGAUGGGGGUGGACACCAACAGCACAGCUCGACUUGUUUUGCUGUAGUUGGAGUCCGUCUGUGAAUGUUCACGGACGGUCACGGACGUGUGGUCCAACAGAACAAAGUUCGAGCAGCUCGAGCUCACGGUUCAGAUUCGAACGGUACCGAAUAAAAGUCCGAGCUCUCCGAACACCGCGGUCCUUUAAAACGGCGUUGAUUGUUACAGGAAGAAGUUUUACACAUCGGAGUGACGUCUGUGUCAUCCAAUGGUAGAGCAGUAAAUAUGCAGCAGGUCCGAGCUGUGUGGAACAACCACCAAUCACAGAACAGUACAUCGACUUCCGUUACGGGGUCGCAGCAUGUCCCGUCGUACGAGUGUGUUCUGAAAGUCCUACGUCUGUUGAGGCGCCGUCUGUUGAUAUUUCUGCUUUUACCGAAAAGUUGUGUCGUUGGCUAAAGUUGACCGGUGACCUUUGAACCAGAGUCGCGCCGGGUUUGUUGUCACAGGGGUCACAGUUGUGGGUUGUUAGCGGGACAAACCGCGGCUCCGCAGGAAUUUAGUUCGUUAGCAGAAGCGGCGGCGAAGACUGAACCCAGUUGGCGGUUCUGGUCGGAGUAGGUUCGAGUGUUGUCCCACGACAGAGAACUUCUGCUGGUUCUCCUGGUCUGGUCGUGUCGGAGCUUCACAAGCGAAACCGUGGUGUUUAACUCGGUCAACGGAGGAGCGCAGCUGCUGUUAGCUCCUCAAGUAGCCACCUAGCUGCUAACGCCACCGGGUUGUCUUUGUCAGAGACACAGCGGCGGCCGCGGAGGACAUUGUCUCUGGACGUGCACGGUAUUUUAAGUGGUUUUAAAGCCGGGUUGUUUCACACACGCCCCAGAAUGAACGGCUUCAGCACGGAGGAGGACAGCCACGACGGACCGCCUGCUCCACCGUUCUACGGCCAGAGCUGCUGCCUGAUCGAGGACGGCGAGCGCUGCGGCCGCUCCGCUGGGAACGCCUCCUUCAGCAAGAGGAUCCAGAAAAGCAUUUCACAGAAGAAACUGAAGCUGGACAUCGACAAGAGUGUCCGACACCUCUACAUCUGCGACUUCCACAAGAACUUCAUCCAGAGCGUCCGCAACAAGAGGAAGAGGAAGACGAGCGACGACGGAGGAGAGUCUCCAGAGCACGACGUGGAGGUGCCGGAGGUGGACCUGUUCCAGCUGCAGGUGAACACACUGAGGCGCUACAAGCGACACUACAAGCUGCAGACCAGACCUGGACUCAACAAGGCCCAGCUGGCCGAGACGGUGAGUCGUCACUUCAGGAACAUCCCGGUCAAUGAGAAGGAGACGCUGACCUACUUCAUCUACAUGGUGAAGAGCAGCAAGAGCCGCCUGGACCAGAAAGGAGAGGGAGCUGGGAAACCAUUGGACUGAAGCUCGGAAAGAAGCAGCAACGGCAACAACGGCAACGACGAUGACGACAGCAGCAACAGCAACAACAACAACAACAGCAACAGCAGCAACAGCAGCAACGGCAACAACGGCAACGACGACGACGACAGCAACAACAACAGCAACAACAACAACAGCAACAACAACAGCAACAACAGCUGACUGUCCCUCUCUGAUCUGAGACCACCAGUCCAGGUGUCCUCACAGACGGACCUCUGCUCCUCCUCCCAACAUCGUCUCCUUCACUCUCUGCUCCGUCCCAACACGUUGUGUUGUGGUGUGCGUGUGUGAGUGAUUCAGAUACCAGGACUGUUUACCCCUCCCCCCCACAGGCUGUGGUGUUUUCUCCUCUUCUCUGUCAGUGGUUCUUCUUUUUAAAGUGUGUCUUUUUUUCCGUCAUCAAAUGGAUUUCUGUCUGUCUUCACCUGAAACGUACGACUGUUCACACCACGUUCACACCACUGUUCACACUACUGCCCUGGGUGUGCACAAGACCAACGUGCUGGUGUCACGUUUUUUUCCAGGUACAUAACCCACAUUCAGUGAUAGGAAAUGACCGGUAGGGGGCACUGGUGUCUCCUGUGGUCUCGUCUUUCUCUCUGUCCUUCUUGUUGUUGUUGUGUCUGUCUUAGAACACACUGACUUUGUUUGUUUGUUUGUUUGUUUUUAAUACCUGUCAUUUUAUGAUUUUGCUCUUAGGGUUAGUUUAGGGUCUGAGUCUGACCUCUGACCUCUGACCUCAGUCCAGCUCACCAACACAGGCUGUGACGUCACCUGAGGAAAAGACCUAUUUAAAUAAAGCAGCGUCUGAAAAUAAAACUGAAAUAAAGAUGAAAUCAUGUACAGUCAGAA